AUGUCAGCUAGGUCCAUUUUGCUUAGACUUUCCAAUGAUGGAGAACCAAUCGUUUCAGAUUCUAUUAAAAAUGGUGUAUUAACUUUCCCGGCGGCUACUUAUGAUAAAAGCCAUAAACUGGGAGAUGCAAUCUUUGAAUUGCAAAUUAAAUUGAAUGCAGCUGCUAAAGUUAGUCGUGAUGGGAUGUUUCAUAUAAACGUUCCGGCAAACUCGUCUGAUAAGUUUGUUAGAAGUAAAUUUCAGAAAAUUCCGAUUGAAAGUUCUUUCCAUAAGGAUAUUACAAUUACGAUUCCUAUUUUUAAUCCAGGUCCUUAUAGUUUUUAUACUACUUUUAAGAAUCAAGAAGGGUCUGAGUCCGAAACAGAUCACUUUUACUUUGUUGUGCCUCCAAAUUUAACUAUUAAUGGUGAUUAUAUUCCUUUUAAUGCUAUUAAUAUUGAAAGUGUUAUUUCUAAAUGGAUUGGUCCAUUGGAAGAUUGGAAUUCUUUUUUCAAUAAAGUUUCAAAUAAAGGAUAUAACUUUAUUCAUUUCACUCCUUUACAAGAACGUGGAGACUCUGAUUCACCUUAUUCGAUUUAUGAUCAAUUACGUUUUGAUCCAAAACUUUUCAAAUCUAACGAUGAAGCUAAAAAGGUGAUUUCCGACGUAUUGAAUAAGAAUAAUUUGUUAUCUAUAACCGAUGUUGUUUUGAAUCAUACUGCUAAUAAUUCUGAAUGGUUAAAGGAUUUCCCCGAUGCUGGUUAUAACGAAGAAACCGCUCCUCAUUUGAAAGCAGCCAUAGAAUUGGACACCAAAUUGCUUGAGUUUUCAGACGAUUUGGCUAAGUUGAACUUGCCCACCGCUAUUAAAAACUCGCAAGAUUUGGAUUCCAUCAUCAAUGGUAUCAAUGAUCAUGUUUUGCAACCUUUGAAAUUAUGGCAAUACUAUGUGUUUGAUAAAAAAUCACACUUGGAUGAAAUUAAAAAUGUUUAUUACCACAAAGAUCGUGAGCUUCCUUCCAUUGAUAUCCCCGGUGAUAUUGAUACCCAAAAUUUAAAGGCUUUGGCCAAUUUUACUUUACAAGUUGCAAAUGCAAACCUGAAAGUUAUUUUGAAUGAUCGCUACAGUAAUAAGUUGGACCCAGAAAAGCUCUUGAGCAUUCUUAUAACAUUAUUUCAAAAAAAUGAUAUUGAAUUCGAUCAAAUUGCAAGUAAAACUGAACAAAUUAUUGACGAAAUAAAUUCAGACUUGUACUCUUCCUAUGAUGAUGACAUUAAUUCAAUAAAAAAUCAAUUGAAAGAUCGUAUUCGUUAUUUAAGAUUAGAUGAUAAUGGGCCUCAAUUAGGUGAAAUUACUAAGGAUAGUAAAUUAACUGAAGCCUAUUUUACCCGCUUCAAAGGAACAAAUGAUAAUAAAGUAUGGGCCUUAGCUAAUAAUGGUUGGAUUUGGGGUGGUAAUCCCUUAGUAGAUUUUGCUUCUGAUCAAUCUAAAGCUUACUUAAGAAGAGAAGUCAUCGUUUGGAGUGACUGCGUCAAAUUGAGAUAUGGUGAUAAAUAUGAAGAUUCCCCCCACUUGUGGGAUCGUAUGAUUCAAUAUACUAAAGAAAAUGCUGCAAUUUUCAGUGGUUUUAGAAUUGAUAACUGUCACUCGACCCCUCUUCAUGUGGGUGAAACCUUAUUAGAUGCUGCCAGAUCUGUGAAUCCAAAUCUUUACGUUGUUGCAGAAUUAUUUAGCGGUUCGGAGGAAAUGGAUAAAAUUUUCGUCGAAAGAUUAGGUUUAACUUCUUUAAUUAGAGAAGCAAUGCAAGCAUGGAGUGUUGGUGAAUUAUCUCGCUUGGUUCAUAAACAUGGUGGUAGACCAAUUGGUUCUCUCACUUGGUUACCUUUGGAUGAAUUUGCUUAUCCUGCAGAUUCUGAACCAAAAGCAAGUAAAUUUGAAUCAUCUUCUGAAAUCAAAAUCCCAGGCGUCUUAACUAGCAAUGCACCUCAUGCCUUGUUCAUGGAUUGCACCCAUGAUAAUGAGACGCCAGCUCAGAAAAGGACAGUCGAAGAUACUUUACCUAACUCUGCUUUAGUUGCAUUUUGCUCUUCUGCUAUUGGGUCUGUUUUUGGUUAUGACGAAUGCUAUCCUCAUUUACUUAACGUUGUCAGUGAAAGUAGACAAUAUAAUUUGAAAGAUAUUGGUAUUGGAGAAGUCAAGAAGAAGUUACAUGCAAUUAGAAAGUCUUUAGCUUUAGAAACUGAGGAUGCUAGUGCUGAUCACGAAAUGUACAUUCAUCAUGAAGGUCAAUACAUAACAAUUCAAAGAUAUAACUCCAGGACCGGAGACGGAUGGUUUCUUAUUGCUAGAUCAAAGUUUUCUCCUUUUGAAGGAGAUCAAAUCUUAUCACCAGUUGUAUUGAGUGGUAGCAAGGCAAAAAGUGAAUUCACUUAUACUUUGAAGAAAACUGGUGAGCAUCAGCAUGAUGAUAAAUUUAUCACUGGGAUUCCGGUCAAGGUUGAAGAACUUCCUUCUCCUUCAACUGAGUUUGAUGAAGGCUCAACUACAACUACAAUCAAAAUAGAUGAAAGUUUCAUUCCUGGUUCUAUUGCCGUAUUCUCUACUCAAACUCCUAAGGUAGAUGCCUCUUUGGAUAAGUUUGUUCGUGAAGGGGCAAUUGAAGCAUCGAAGAAUUUAGAUUUGUAUGAUUUGAAUGCUUUAUUGUACCGUUGUGAAGCUGAAGAACGAGAUGCAAGUGGGGGUCUGGAUGGAACGUACUAUAUUCCUACUUACGGAAAUUUAGUUUACGCUGGUUUAGAAGGCUGGAAUCUGAUUUUGAAAAAAGUCAUUUGGAAUAACGAUUUAGGUAGCCCAAUUUGUGACCAUUUAAGAGAUGGUGAAUGGGCUCUUGAUUAUGUUGUUGAUCGUUUAGAUAAGUAUGUUGCUCAUUCUAAGCAUUUGGGACAAUUCCAAGACUGGUUGCGUUCUAGAAUUGAUGCUAUACGUGUUGUUCCUUAUUUCUUAAGGCCACAUUAUUUUGCAUUGGUUAUUGGAACUGCUUAUGAAGCUGCUCGUUUUAGAGUUUUGAGACAACUUGAUGAUAAUAUUAAAGUUUCCACCAAUUUCAUUCAAAGUUUGGCUUUAACCUCCAUUCAAAUGGUUGGAUUUAUGAAUAAUACUUCUUUAAAGCCAAAAGAGAAGAUUGCUUCUGUUGCAGCUGGUUUACCUCAUUUUAGUAAUGAUUAUAUGAGAUGUUGGGGAAGAGAUGUUUUUAUUUCUUUCCGGGGUAUGUUCAUAGUUACUGGUCGUUAUGAAGAUGCUAGACAACAUAUUUUAGGGUUUGCACAGACUUUGAAGCAUGGGAUGAUUCCAAAUUUAUUAGAUGCUGGACGAAACCCUCGUUAUAAUGCUCGUGAUGCAGCUUGGUUUUUUAUACAAGCUAUCCAAGAGUAUGUCACGCACAUUCCCGAUGGUUAUAAGAUUUUGGAUGAGAAAGUGAAAAGAAGAUUUCCUUUGGAUGACCAUUAUGUUACUUGGGAUAGUGAAGAAGCUUUCAGCUAUGAGACUUCAAUUCGUGAUAUAAUUUAUGAGAUCUUAUCACGUCAUGCUAGUGGGAUUAAAUAUCGUGAAGCAAAUGCCGGGCCCAAUCUUGAUUCUCAAAUGAAGGAUGAAGGUUUCAAUGUGGAGGUUCAUAUUGAUUGGGAAACUGGGCUUGUUCAUGGAGGGUCACAAUUAAAUUGUGGAACAUGGCAAGAUAAAAUGGGAGAAAGUGAACGUGCAGGCAAUAAAGGUAUCCCGGGAACUCCUCGUGAUGGUGCAGCCAUUGAAUUGCAAGGUUUAUUGAAAAGUGCUUUACGUUUUGUUAAUCACUUACGUAAGAAGAAACUAUUUGAUUAUACUGAAGUUACCAAACAAGAUGGUUCUAAAAUAAGCUUAGACGAAUGGGAAAACUUGAUUCAAGAAAAUUUCGAACGCUGUUUCUACGUUCCUGAAGAUGCAUCUCAAGAUGAUGAAUUUGUCAUUGAUGGUUCUAUUGUCAAUAGAAGAGGUAUCUACAAAGAUUUAUUCCAAAGUGGUAAGCCAUAUGAAGAUUAUCAAUUACGUUCAAAUUUCCCAAUAGCUAUGUGUGUUGCUCCUGAGUUAUUCACUCCAAGUAGGGCCUUGGGAGCAGUUCAACUUGCUGAUAAAGUUUUAAGAGGGCCUGUUGGUAUGGCCACCUUGGACCCAAGUGAUUGGAACUACCGUCCUUAUUACCUUAAUGGUGUUGAUAACGAUGAUUUUGCAACCUCCAAAGGAAGAAAUUACCAUCAAGGUCCUGAAUGGGUAUGGUUGAUUGGGUAUUUCUUUAGAGCCUUUUUGUACUUCAAUCAUAUUGAAAAGACAAAAAGCCAAUAUAAAGAGGCCUCAAUUGAAAUAUUGACUGCUUUAAAUGAAAGAUUACAGGGUCACAUGAGCUGGAUCAAAACAAGCCCUUGGGCUGGUUUAACCGAGUUGACCCAAAAGAAUGGUGAGCUCUGUGGGGACUCAAGUCCUACUCAAGCUUGGAGUAGUUCAUGUUUGCUAGAUUUAUAUUACGAUUUAUGGACAAAUGAAGAGUAUCAUAAAUAA